AAUGAUUCGUCGCGCCGUUUUUAUGCUUCAGGAGCGAUUAACCCAGAUUAUUUCCUAGCAAUCUCCAACUUAAACGGCGAAUAUGUGAUGAUGUUGCUGGAAAACGAACAAAUUCUCUCUGUGGCCGUGCAACCGUCCGCAGGGAAGAUAUUCUGGAUUGGCAGGGAAAAUGGAUCAGCGCAUCUGGAAAGCAGCGGAAUGGACGGCUCAUCGCGAAAAAUCCUCGUUCCAGAUGUGGGCGACGAAGCCAAAAGUCUAGUGGUGGACUUGGAAGCCAAUCGACUUUAUUGGGUCAGCGACUCGAAAAUCAUCUACUCCAAACUGGACGGAACAAAUGUAGUAAAACUGAACCUUCCUGCGAAUGCCACAGUGACUACAAUUGCCGUAUAUAAGAAGAGCAUUUAUUACGCUGAUGAUGUGGAUCACUCGAUUUAUGUGGCCGAUAAAACAACGGGAAGCAGCUCGGCUAAGGCUCUAAGAAAUAACACCAGCGGCGUUUUGGCUUUGCGAAUCUACGACCCUGCAGACCAAAUAGGCUCACACGUUUGCCAGCAGCUGAACGGAGGUUGCGAGCACCUUUGCCUGCCCAGAUCAGAACUUUCCUAUGUAUGCCGAUGCGCUUUAGGCUAUCAGCAGGACCCAUUGAACGACCACAAGUGCAUUGGAAUCGACGAUUUUAUAUUUUUCUCGCUCGGCUGGGAGUUGCAGGGGCGCCCUUUAAACGGGUCAAAUGCCACGAGGGUUUUGGGCCCGAUUUCAAGGGUGUCCAGUGCGGCGCCCAUUGACUUCAUUGCCAGCAAAGAUUUGCUGUUUUGGGCCGAUACUGAACAUGGGCAAGUCACCAAGAUGAAAAGAGACGGCACUGAAAGAAGCUUCCCAUUGGACCAGAACGAAAUUAUCGACAACGUUCCGGUGGAUUGGUUAACAUGUUUGGCAAUCGACUGGGUGGCCGAAAAUAUGUACUGGUGCGACUCGAAACGCGGUACCAUCAGUGUGUCCAGAUUGGAUGGAAGCAAAGAGCAUGUGCUUUUGUCCAACGAUACAAUCAAGCCCAAUGCAAUCGCCUUGGAUCCUGUCAAGGGGCUUAUUGUUUGGGCCGCACAGAAUCGACUGGAAAUAGCGACGUUGGACGGCCAGAAUCGGCGGACUCUUUUGAGCAAACCCAAGAAGUUCAGCGACAUUGCUUUGGACUCGGAUAAUGAGCAGAUUUACUUUUGCGACGCCUCAUCGGCAACGAUCGAGCGAAUUAAAUACGAUGGUGGCAACCAUUCGAUUUUGCUGAACAACAGCACGCUGGCCAAGCCGGUGAGUCUUACAUUUUUCGAAGACAUUCUCUACUGGAUGGACGCGACUAAACACGACGGUAGCAUAAGUAAGGCGCCCAUAUCGAAUCUGUCCGACAUCACUCUGCUAGAGCAAGACUUGGGAUCUUCGGUCAGUGAUAUUCAGAUCUUCUCCAAGCGGAAACAAGGGGGAACUAAUGUGUGUGCGACAAACAACGGCGGUUGCGAGCAACUUUGUCUCUUCAACGGAACUCAGGCCGUGUGCGUGUGCUCGCAUGGAAUGCCUUCCGACGACGGAAAAACCUGCAAGCCGUACGACAGUUUCGUCAUGUUUUCGAAAAUACUCAGCAUCGAGUCGAUACACAUGACCGGCGAUAAAAACUUCAUGAACUCCCCUUAUCCGCCCAUAAAGAACUCGUCCUACCUGAAAAACGCCAUUGGCUUGAGCUUCAGCCACAAACACCAACGGCUUUUCUACUCGGACAUUCAAAUUGGCUCCAUAAACGCGGUGUUUUUCAACGGCAGCGACCACCGGAUUAUUGUGGAAAAGCAAGGUUCAGUAGAAGGGCUGGCCUAUGAACAGCUGGGAAACGCGCUUUACUGGACUUGCAACAAUGACGCCACGAUCAACCGCGUGAAUUUGACCGAUCAAAUCUACAACUCGUCCGCAGUUGAAAGCGUUGUGAGGCUGCGCUCGCAGGAUAAGCCUAGAGGGAUUGCGGUGGAUUCCUGCGGUCAGCGAGUGUACUGGACGAACUGGAACGCUCAUCAGCCCACAGUUGAAAGAGCUUACUUUAGCGGGUAUGAGCGGGAAGCGAUCAUUUCGACGGAUAUCCGGAUGCCCAACAGUUUAACUUUGGACCACAAGGCACAGAAGCUUUACUGGGGCGAUGCCCGGCUGGAUAAAAUCGAACGAUGCGAAUAUGAUGGCUCGAAAAGGGUGAUACUGGCGAAAGUAACUCCGCAACAUCCUUUCGCGCUUGCCAUAUAUGGCGACUUUAUCUACUGGACCGACUGGAUUUUGCACGCAGUAGUGCGAGCCGAUAAAUUAACUGGACAGUACUUUGUGUCCAUUCGGCGGGACAUUGCCAGGCCGAUGGGCAUUGUGGCAGUGGCCAAUGACACAGAGGAUUGUUUCUCGAAUAAGUGCCUAAUAAAUAACGGGGGAUGCGAGGAAUACUGCGAGCUAACCGCCAAUGCGCAGGUGGAAUGCUCCUGCAGAGAAGGCAGAAUUCUCAAUUCGGACGGCCGCUGCUUCAGCACCAACACGGAUAUCGAGUGCACCAACACGGAAGAUAGUUUUCGCUGUUCGGAUGGUGGUUGUGUGCCCUUCCAUCUGACUUGCGACGGAAUCUCCCAUUGCGCCGAUGGUUCCGACGAAGAGGCUGGUUAUUGCAGCUACCGCACUUGUCCGCUCAGCUGGCUGAAGUGUCGCAAUAAAAAAUGUGUGCCCAUGAAUGCAACUUGCGAUGGAGUGGACGAUUGUGGCGACUCGUCCGACGAGCUGGAAUGCCGAUGUCCCGAGAACGAGUAUUUCAGAUGUACCAACGGCGAGUGCGUCUCGAGACUGGUUAAAUGCGAUGCCGAUCCCGAUUGUAGGGACAAUUCCGACGAAAUCGGCUGUCCGAUGCCCAAUUGUACCCUCCUGCAUAACGCGGACUUCCGCAACUGCAACUCCACCACCAACUGCAUCCACAAAGACUGGUUUUGCGACGGCGAGGACGACUGCUGGGACAAUUCGGAUGAAAUCGGGUGUCCAAAGCGAGUGGAGGCGUGCGAUUGGUUGAGCGAGUGGCAGUGCCAGUCGGGCGCCUGCAUCGAUUUGACUGCGCGCUGCAACACCAAGCUGGAUUGUCAGGACGGGUCCGAUGAGGUAAACUGCGGCGUGACCGGGAUGGCGUGUCCAGCCAAUCAUUUCCGUUGUGUGAGCGACGGAAAUUGCAUUCCGACCUCUUGGGUGUGCAACGGAGUGCCAGACUGCCAUGACCAGAGUGACGAGUUGGACUGCAAACACCAAUGCGGAGCCAACAAAUUCAUGUGUGUGACGGGAGGCGAGUGCAUCCCAAAGUCCUGGCAGUGCGACGGUACUCCUGACUGUCCCGAUCAGUCCGAUGAAACUGAACAUUGCAACCAUACGGAAUGCACCCAGCAGGAGUUCAGAUGUAACGCGACAGGCCGAUGCAUCCCCAAGAGCUGGAUGUGCGAUGGAGAGGUUGAUUGCGAAAACGGCCAAGACGAAAAUCCGGCAGGAGGUUGCAACACCAGGACGGCCUGCACUGAUCAACAGUUCGAGUGCGGCAAAGGAGGUCAUUGCGUGAACCGUUCGUACUACUGCGAUGGAGACAAGGAUUGCCAAGAUGGAAGCGACGAGCCGGAUCAUUGCUACCGAACUUGUGCGGCUGGAGAAUUCCACUGCGAUAAUGGAAAAUGCAUUUUAGAGCUGCACCAAUGCGAUGGCAAAAACGAUUGCGGAGAUGGAAGCGAUGAAAACAACUGUCCAUCGGACGAGUAUUGUCAAGGCCGAGGUUGGUUUCACUGCGCUAAUGGAGUUUGUAUCAAUGAGACUCUGCUCUGCAAUGGGGAGAACAACUGUGGAGACUUCUCAGACGAAUCGCGCUGCUCUAUUGACGAAUGUUCCGCCACUCCACCUGUAUGCCAGCACAUCUGCGUGGACAAAGUGGUUGGAUAUGAGUGCCUAUGCAGCUCUGGAUAUAAGGUAUCGGCGAAAAAUCAGCACCAUUGCGAAGAUAUAGACGAGUGCGUCGAUCGGCCGUGCAGUCAAAUCUGCAAAAAUACGCGCGGUUCCUACCACUGCAGCUGCCAUCAAGACUACAUCCUAGAUGGAAAUUCCUGCAAGGCGAAUUCGACCACCAAAGUCAGUCUUUUGCUGGCCAAUAGGUAUUACAUACGAGAAAUUGAUCUACUGGGAAACUCCAACCUGAUUGCCCACAAUCUGACCAAUGCCGUGGCUCUGGACUACGAUUGGGCGACGCAGUGCAUCUAUUGGUCGGACGUGACCCAACUGGGCAGCAGCAUAAAGCGGCUGUGCAACUACAAAGCGAACAGCACGAUUACGACGGAAAUUCAGAUCGAGACGCUGCAAGCGUCAACGUUACAGAAUCCUGAUGGUUUGGCGGUCGAUUGGGUUGGACGCAAUCUCUACUGGUGUGAUAAGGGCACUGAUACAAUCGAUGUGUCCACGUUGGAUGGAAAGCAUCGAAAAACGUUGCAUUCGACUGAUCUAGAAGAACCCAGAGCUGUCGCUUUGGACCCAAUCAACCGCUACAUGUACUGGACGGAUUGGGGAACUCGCGUGCACAUCGGGAAGGCCGGCAUGGACGGUUCCAGCCCGAAAGUGAUCAUCAGCAAAAACUUGGGCUGGCCGAACGCUUUGACAAUUUCUUACGAGACCAGCGAAGUUUUCUGGGCAGACGCCCGAGAGGAUUACAUUGCUGUCGCUGACUUGGACGGCAACAACAUCAAGAUCAUCGCAAGCAGAAGCAAGAACAGCAAACUGCAGCUGCAUCACGUGUUUGCCAUCGACGUCUGGGAGGAUUUCGUCUACUGGACCGACUGGGAAACCAAGUCGAUCGAACGGUGCAACAAAUACACCGGAGAAAACUGCUCGACGAUUUUAAGCACCGUUCAUCGGCCAAUGGAUGUUCGAGUGGUGCAUCCGCUGCGACAGCCCAAGGUGGAGAACAAUCCUUGCGAAAAAGCCAACUGCUCAGCCCUCUGUUUGCUGGCGCCCAAAGAGCCGUAUUUCGUCUGCCAAUGUCCCGAGAACUACGUUUUAGGCAAAGACGGUCGUUCCUGUGAUGCCAACUGCACUUCGUCGCAUUUCGAAUGCAAGGCGAACUACAAGUGCAUCCCGUUUUGGUGGAUGUGCGAUACUCAAGACGAUUGCGGCGAUGGUAAUGGAAAAACCGACUUUUAAGUCAAUUUGUUGGAU